GGAGCGGCGCGCGGGGAGGGGAAGGGGUUCUCGCGCGAUUGGGCGAGGUUUCCGGUGUUGUGACUGAAACCCGUCAAUAUGGCGGCGAUCGGCCGCGGCCGCUCGCUGAAGAACCUCCGAAUACGAGGGCGGAAUGACAGCGGCGAGGAGAACGUCCCGCUGGAUCUGACCCGAGAUCCUUCUGAUAACUUAAGAGAGAUUCUCCAAAAUGUGGCCAAAUUACAAGGUGUAUCAAAUAUGAGAAAGCUGGGCCAUUUGAAUAACUUCACUAAGCUUCUUUGUGAUAUUGGCCAUAGUGAAGAAAAACUGGGCUUUAAUUAUGAAGACAUCAUAAUUUGUUUGCGCUUAGCUUUAUUAAAUGAAGCAAAAGAAGUGAGAGCAGCAGGGCUGCGAGCGCUGCGCUAUCUCAUCCAGGAUUCCAGUAUUCUGCAGAAGGUGCUAAAGUUGAAAGUGGACUAUUUAAUAGCUAGGUGCAUUGACAUCCAGCAGAGCAAUGAGGUGGAGAGAACACAAGCACUUCGCCUAGUCAGAAAGAUGAUUACUGUGAAUGCUUCCUUGUUUCCUAGUUCUGUGGCCAACUCACUAAUUGCAGUUGGAAAUGAUGGCCUUCAAGAAAGAGACAGAAUGGUCCGGGCAUGCAUUGCCAUUAUCUGUGAACUAGCACUUCAGAACCCAGAGGUGGUAGCCCUUCGAGGCGGACUAAACACCAUCCUGAAAAAUGUGAUUGAUUGCCAGUUAAGUCGAAUAAAUGAGGCCCUCAUUACUACAAUUUUGCACCUUCUUAAUCAUCCAAAGACCCGACAGUAUGUGCGAGCUGAUGUAGAAUUAGAGCGAAUUUUAGCACCCUAUACUGAUUUCCACUACAGACACAGUCCAGAUACAGCUGAAGGACAGCUCAAAGAAGACAGAGAGGCACGAUUUCUAGCCAGUAAAAUGGGAAUCAUUGCGACAUUCCGCUCAUGGGCAGGUAUUAUUAAUUUAUGUAAACCUGGGAACUCUGGGAUCCAGUCCCUAAUUGGAGUACUUUGCAUACCAAAUAUGGAAAUAAGGCGAGGUCUGCUUGAAGUGCUCUAUGAUAUAUUUCGUCUCCCUCUACCUGUUGUGACAGAUGAGUUCAUAGAAGCCCUGCUCAGUGUAGAUCCAGGAAGGUUCCAGGACAGUUGGAGGCUUUCAGAUGGCUUUGUGGCAGCUGAAGCAAAAACUAUUCUUCCCCAUCGUGCUAGAUCCAGACCAGACCUCAUGGACAAUUACUUGGCACUGAUACUUUCUGCAUUUAUUCGUAAUGGACUUUUAGAGGGCUUGGUUGAAGUGAUAACGAACAGUGAUGACCACAUCUCAGUUAGAGCGACCAUCCUUUUAGGAGAGCUCUUGCAUAUGGCAAACACAAUUCUUCCUCAUUCACAUAGCCAUCAUUUGCACUGCUUGCCAACCCUUAUGAAUAUGGCUGCAUCCUUUGAUAUUCCCAAGGAAAAGAGACUCCGAGCCAGUGCAGCCCUGAACUGUUUAAAACGCUUCCACGAAAUGAAGAAGCGAGGACCUAAGCCUUACAGCCUUCAUUUAGAUCACAUCAUUCAGAAAGCAAUUGCAACACACCAGAAACGGGAUCAGUAUCUUCGAGUUCAGAAAGAUAUAUUUGUUCUUAAGGAUACAGAGGAAGCUCUUUUAAUAAACCUUAGGGAUAGCCAAGUUCUUCAACACAAAGAAAAUCUUGAAUGGAAUUGGAAUCUCAUUGGGACCAUUCUUAAGUGGCCAAAUGUAAAUCUAAGAAACUAUAAAGAUGAACAGUUGCACAGGUUCGUGCGUAGACUUCUUUAUUUUUACAAGCCCAGCAGUAAGCUGUAUGCCAGUCUGGAUCUAGACUUUGCCAAGUCCAAGCAGCUCACAGUUGUCGGCUGUCAGUUUACAGAGUUUCUUCUUGAGUCUGAAGAGGAUGGGCAGGGGUACUUAGAAGAUCUCGUGAAAGAUAUUGUUCAGUGGCUCAAUGCUUCAUCUGGGAUGAAACCUGAAAGAAGCCUUCAGAAUAAUGGUUUGCUAACCACCCUCAGUCAACACUACUUCCUGUUCAUCGGAACACUCUCUUGUCAUCCUCAUGGAGUCAAAAUGUUGGAAAAAUGCAGCGUCUUUCAGUGUCUUCUUAAUCUUUGUUCCUUGAAAAACCAAGAUCACCUGCUGAAGCUCACUGUUUCUAGCCUAGACUAUAGCCGAGAUGGAUUAGCUAGAGUCAUUCUUUCAAAAAUUCUCACGGCAGCUACUGAUGCCUGCAGAUUGUAUGCAACAAAACAUUUAAGGGUUUUGUUGAGAGCUAAUGUCGAAUUCUUCAAUAAUUGGGGAAUUGAGUUACUAGUUACUCAACUACAUGAUAAAAACAAAACAAUUUCUUCUGAAGCUCUGGAUAUUCUUGAUGAAGCUUGUGAAGACAAGGCCAAUCUUCAUGCUCUUAUUCAGAUGAAACCAGCCUUAUCCCACCUUGGAGACAAGGGCUUGCUCCUCCUCCUGAGAUUUCUCUCCAUUCCAAAAGGAUUUUCCUACCUGAAUGAAAGGGGUUAUGUAGCAAAGCAACUGGAAAAAUGGCACAAGGAAUACAAUUCAAAAUACGUCGACUUGAUUGAGGAACAACUUAAUGAAGCACUCACUACAUACAGGAAGCCUAUUGAUGGUGAUAAUUACGUUCGUCGGAGUAACCAAAGAUUACAACGACCUCAUGUCUAUCUGCCCGUACACCUUUAUGGACAACUGGUACACCAUAAAACAGGCUGCCAUUUACUGGAAGUGCAGAAUGUUAUCACAGAACUCUGUCACAAUGUUCGUGCUCCAGACUUGGAUAAAUGGGAAGAAAUUAAAAAGCUGAAAGCCUCUCUUUGGGCCUUGGGAAAUAUUGGCUCAUCGAAUUGGGGGCUUAAUUUGCUACAGGAAGAAAAUGUGAUUCCAGAUAUACUAAAACUUGCAAAACAGUGUGAGGUUCUUUCCAUCAGAGGGACCUGUGUAUAUGUUCUUGGACUCAUAGCUAAAACCAAGCAAGGCUGUGAUAUUCUGAAAUGUCACAGCUGGGAUUCUGUGAGGCACAGUCGCAAGCAUCUGUGGCCAGUGGUUGCAGAUGAUGUGGAACAGCUCUGCAAUGAGCUCUCGUCUGUCCCAAGCACGCUCAGUUUGAACUCUGAGUCAACCGGCUCUAGACAUAACAGUGAAAGUGAGUCCGCACCAUCAAGCAUGUUCAUACUGGAGGAUGACCGGUUUGGCAGCAGCUCUACCAGUACAUUCUUCCUUGACAUCAAUGAAGAUGCUGAGCCAGCAUUUUAUGACCGACCUGGACCCCUAAAGGAAAAAAAUCCAUUUCCCUUUUUUGCGUCUAGCAAACUUGUAAAGCAUCGUAUCUUAAAUUCACUUACUUUGCCGACUAAAAAACACCGCAGCAGCAGUGAUCCAAAAGGAGGAAAACUGUCAUCUGAAAAUAAGACAAGCAACCGGCGAAUCAGAACACUUACAGAGCCCAGCGUUGACUUUAAUCACAGUGAUGACUUUACACCUAUCUCCACAGCACAGAAAACAUUACAGCUAGAAACUUCUUUUGUUGUGAAUAAACACCUUGAAGACACUGGCAGCACUCCAAGUAUUGGAGAGAAUGACUUAAAAUUCCCCAAGAGUUUUGGUACAGAGAAUCACAGAGAAAACACAAGCCGAGAGAGGCUGGUUGUAGAAAGCUCAACAACCUCACAUAUGAAGAUCCGCAGCCAAAGCUUUAACACAGACACUACAACAAGUGGCAUAAGUUCAAUGAGCUCAAGUCCCUCUCGAGAGACAGUUGGUGUAGACCCUACAACUAUGGACACAGACUGUGGAAGUAUGAGUACUGUGGUAAGUACUAAAACGGUUAAGACAAGCCACUAUCUGACGCCACAGUCUAACCAUCUGUCUCUCUCCAAAUCAAACUCAGUGUCCCUGGUGCCACCAGGUUCUUCUCAUACACUUCCUAGAAGAGCACAGUCCCUUAAAGCGCCCUCCAUAGCAACAAUAAAAAGUCUAGCAGAUUGCAACUUCAGCUACACAAGUUCUAGAGAUGCCUUUGGCUAUGCUACGUUGAAAAGAUUACAGCAGCAACGAAUGCACCCAUCCUUAUCACACUCCGAAGCUUUGGCCUCCCCAGCAAAAGACGUAUUAUUUACUGAUACCAUCACUAUGAAGGCUAACAGUUUUGAAUCCAGACUGACGCCAAGCAGGAUCGAUUUUAAAAAGAAGCAUGUCGGGGGAAUCAGGAGCUUAAGACCUACAAUAACAAACAACCUUUUCAGGUUUAUGAAAGCUUUAAGUUAUGCAUCAUUAGAUAAAGAAGAUUUAUUAAGUCCUAUUAAUCAAAAUACCCUGCAGCGAUCCUCCUCAGUUAGGUCCAUGGUAUCCAGUGCUACAUACGGAGGUUCCGAUGACUACAUUGGACUUGCUCUUCCAGUAGACAUCAAUGAUAUAUUUCAGAUAAAGGAUAUUCCUUAUUUUCAAUCAAAGCAUGUGCCACCAGACGACCGAGGUGUGAGAGCGUUUUCCCACGAUGCAGGAGGUCUUCCAUCUGGAGCUGGCGGUCUUGUAAAAAACUCCUUUCACUUGCUACGGCAGCAGAUGAGUCUCACGGAAAUAAUGAACUCCGUUCACUCAGAUGCUUCUCUGUUUUUAGAGAGCACAGAAGACACUGGACUGCAGGAGCACACAGAUGACAAUUGCCUUUACUGUGUCUGUAUUGAAAUUUUGGGCUUCCAGCCCAGUACCCAGCUAAGUUCAAUAUGUAGUCACUCAGACCUUCAAGAUAUUCCGUAUUCUGAUUGGUGUGAGCAGACGAUCCACAAUCCCUUAGAAGUGGUUCCCUCCAAGUUCUCAGGGAUUUCUGGGUGUAGUGAUGGUGCGUCUCAAGAAGGCUCAGUCAGUAGCACCAAAAGCACAGAGUUGCUACUGGGUGUGAAAAGCAUUCCAGAUGAUACACCAAUGUGCCGUAUCCUGCUUCGUAAAGAAGUGCUAAGAUUAGUUGUCAAUUUGAGCAGCUCGGUUUCUACCAAGUGUCAUGAAACAGGGCUUUUGACAAUUAAAGAGAAAUAUCCUCAAACAUUUGAUGACAUAUGCCUUUAUUCUGAAGUUUCUCUUUUGUUAUCACACUGCACAUUUAGACUUCCCUGCCGGAGGUUCAUACAAGAGUUAUUUCAGGAUGUACAAUUUUUACAAAUGCAUGAAGAAGCAGAGGCUGUGUUGGCAAUUCCACCAAAACAACCUGUAGUUGACGAAUCUGCCGAAUCCUGACCUCAUAUUUAUGAUGUUUAUAGCUAGAUAUGAUAUAUUUAUCCAUACUUGUGGACUUCCCAAAGGCCUCACAAGACACUGACUGGCUGUCAGUGAGACAGAGUAUCUUCUGACGCUGUCCCAGCAGUCCUUGGUACAGAACAGUUGCAACUGCUGACAUCCCUAACCAAGCCGACUUCCUCUUCCCUUUGGGGUCCUUCUUGGGGAUCGUGAUUCAGUACCACAGUUUUAAUUUAGUUGCCACCGUAUUCAAGAGCCAAGCACUGAAUAGCUACAUAGGUUUUCUAUUUUUUUAUUUUAAAAGCAUAAUGGCAGUGGAAUAAAAGCAGGACAUGAAGAAGCACCCUCCACACAGUUAUUUCUGACUGCUUUUUAGUUAAGGGUGAAUUAAAAAGAUGCCUUGUUUGUUAACUAAUCCGUGGAAGCCAGGAGUCACUGUCUCUGAGGCUGCGUCCUGUUAUCCCAUAGACUGUGCUGUAACUGACAGUAUCAGAGGGUAAUCAUUGGCCCUUCUACAUUUCCUUAAUGUUUGUAACACUACUUCAGAGGUUUCUCACCUCGGAGCAGAAGAAGAGCCUCAACAAUUGGAACUUAAAAGUUAUUUUAUGUUGCUAAAUGCAUAAAGAUGCUUCUUUGUUUUCCAUCUCUUCAGGUUUGUUGUAGUAUGUUGUUAAAGGUUACUUGUACCAAUUAAGGUUUUUCACUACAGUUGUUGAUUAAAGUAAAUAGUUCAAUUGAAAUACUUUCCAUAGUCCCAUCUCCAGAGUGCAGAUAAAUAAAUAAAUGGAUGGAUGGAUGCCCAGUGUACCUCCAUGCUAAUCAGCUCCUCUCAUCACCACUUUAAACAGAUUGAGCAAGUGUUAGUAGUCUGGACCCCAAGCAAAGGAAAGCAUUAAAUGAUACUUCCAAUCUCUUACAGAAAAAACAAGUUUGCCUGAAAUUUAUACAUUCCAUGUAAAAAAGAUGAGCCAUAUCUAAAAAAGCAUUAUGCAUCGUUGACACACAUUAAGAUUAAAAAUUGUGGUGAAAAGCCUUAAUUACUAAAUUUUACAGCAGCGAUAAUGCAAUUUUUGUUAGUGUUCUUGUUUUGCACAAAAUAAUGGCAGUUAUAGGUGAAUUGAAGAAUACAGUCAUUGCCUUUAUCACAUUUGUGAAGUUGAUGAAGGCAAGGUUUUGUCUGUCUAAUUUGUGUUUGUAUAAAGAUAUUUGAAAAUCUUUACAUAAAUUAAACAUAUAUGCAAAUUUGUACAUAAAGUAGCAUGAACAUCAU